GGAGCUCCCGGUCACCCCCAGAGCAUGGGGAGGUUUUGAAGCCACCCUGGGAUCCUUCGGCCACCGGUGAUAGUUGUGCCAACCCAAGGAAAUAAGAACCAUGACGUCUGUUCUCUACGCCCCCCGCCUUCAGCUGGAUGCGAACCUUGAACAGAUGCAACAGGGGACAAUGAUGCGCAAGGCAAAAUCCAAGAACUGGAAGAAGCAGCGGUACUUCAUGCUGCAAAAGGACUGCAUGACCGUCUGGUACAAGUCCAAGAUGUCUGGCACUGCUAAGUCUGCCUUCUCAGUAAGUGAUGUGGAGACUGUGCGUGAAGGACACCAGUCGGAGGUUCUGCAAAGUUUAGCUGAUGAGUUCCCAGCUGAGUGCUGCUUCACUGUUGUCUUCCAUGGGCGCCGUAGCAACUUAGACCUAAUUGCCAGCUCAGCUGAAGAAGCUCAGUGCUGGAUCCAAGGCCUGCGGCGCCUUGUGGAAAUUGUCACUAACAUGGAUCAGAAGGAGAAGUUGGAUCAAUGGAUCUGUGAUUGGUUCCUAAAAGCUGAUAAGAACAAAGAUGGCCGCAUGAACUUCAAGGAGGUACAGCACCUGCUUAGGCUGAUGAACGUGGCUAUGAAUGAGGACCAUGCCUUAUGGCUCUUCCAGAUGGCUGACAAGUCGGAGACGGGGACCCUGGAGGGGGAGGAGUUUGUGCUCUUCUACAAAGCGCUGACUCAGCGGGAUGAAGUGCUUGAGCUCUUCCGCAUGUACUCCGAAGAUGGCAAGAAACUGACCCUGAUGGAGUUUGUGGACUUCUUGCAGCAGGAGCAGAUGGAGGGGAACAGCACGGAUGAGCUUGCCAUGGUGCUGAUUGACAGAUACGAGCCGUCUGAGACAGGUGGGGCCCGCCACGUCCUGAGCACUGAUGGAUUCCUCAUGUACCUGUGCUCACCGGAUGGCUCUAUCUUCAACCCUGAGCACCAGAAGGUCUUUCAGGACAUGUCUCAGCCCCUCUGCCACUACUUCAUCUCCUCCUCCCACAACACAUACCUGAUGGAGGACCAGCUGCGAGGACAGAGCAGUGUCGAGGGAUAUAUCAGGGCUCUGAAGCGUGGCUGCCGGUGCCUAGAGGUAGACUGUUGGGAUGGAUCCAAUGGGGAGCCCAUUGUCUAUCAUGGUCAUACCUUCACCUCUAAGAUCCCCUUCCGAGAAGUUGUGACGACGCUUGAGAAAUAUGCAUUCCGGGCUUCCGAUUAUCCGAUUAUUCUGUCUAUUGAGAACCACUGCAGCAUAGAGCAGCAGGAUAUCAUGGCAGAACAGCUGAAAGGAAUUCUGGGGGAGAAGCUGCUCACCACCACUAUUGAUGGGUGUGUCCCUGUGCAGUUGCCUUCACCUGAGGAACUGAAGGGGAAGAUCCUUCUGAAGGGGAAGAAGAUUGGACACUUGGAGGAUUCUCUGAAUGGACACCCUGACAGCCCACCUGAGCAGGAGGAGGAGGAGGAGGAGGAGGGGCCAGAUGGAGAAGAAGACUCUCUACGCAAUGAGGAAAAAAGGAAGGACAAGAAAGGCAAGCAGUCCCUCUCCCAGGAGCUGUCCGAUUGCAUUAUCUACUGCAAGAGCGUUCCCUUCCACAGCUUCCAGCAUUCCCAUAGCCACUACAAGCCUUAUGAGAUGUCCUCCUUUGCUGAAUCCAAGGCCCGCAAGCUCAUCCGAGAGGCUGGGAAUGAUUUUGUUCGCCAUAAUGCCUGGCAGCUGACACGUAUCUUCCCCAGUGGGAUGCGGACUGACUCAUCUAAUUACAACCCCCAAGAGAUGUGGAAUGCGGGAUGUCACAUGGUGGCCCUGAAUUUUCAAACAGCUGGAGCAGAAAUGGACUUAUAUGAUGGGCUCUUCAGUCAAAAUGGCUGCUGCGGCUACACAUUGAAGCCAAGCUUCAUGAGGGAUUAUGAGACAACCUUCAGUCCUGAAAACCCCCAAAGCAGGGCUUUUUCACAUGUCCCAUGCCCCUGUGAUCUUCUCUUCCAGGUCAUCAGUGGGCAACAGCUCCCCAAGAUGCCCAACAGCAAACUUGGUUCCAUUGUGGAUCCACUUGUGCGGGUGGAGAUUCAUGGGGUCCCUGCCGACUGUGCCAAGUAUGAGACAAAAUACGUUGAUAACAAUGGUUUUAACCCACAGUGGAAUGAAACAUUUCAGUUUCAGGUGUGGGUUCCAGAGCUGGCACUUCUGCGCUUUGUGGUAGAGGAUUAUGACAAAGCAUCUCGGAAUGACUUCGUUGGGCAGUACACGUUACCUCUCCCUAGUGUCAAAACAGGAUACCGCCACAUUCACCUUCUUUCCAAGGAUGGCACAGGUAUCCCACCAGCAUCCUUAUUUGUCCACAUCCAGAUUGUGGAAUUUUCACCAGAAAACGACUAAAUGAUACUGCCACAU